AUGGGUAGUACGGCAAGUGGCAUUGCGAACUCAUGCACACCUAACAACACAUUGGAUCUUUCUCUCUAUGAGGACAUAGCCAAUGAGUUCGCGCUGUAUAAGACAAUCGACACCGUUAUCAUCAUGAUAGUCAACCCGUGUAUUCUGGCUGUCGGCCUGCUUGGUAAUUUAGGGUUCCUCUUCGUUAUGGCACGCGUCCGUCGCAUGUGGACGGUCACCAACAUCUACCUGACCAACUUGGCUGUGGCGGACACUAGCUUCCUCGUCAUCGGUGUCUCAGAGAAAAUCGCCCGGUAUCGAGCCAGCCCCUUGGCCGCUAAUCAAGCCAUCCUCGGAACAAUGGGAUGUAUUGUGGUGUACACGCUCUUAGACGUGGCGUAUUUUGUUGGGCUGUGUCUCGUUACUCUAGUGACUAUUGAGAAAUACUACGCCAUCUGCAGACCCAUCCAGCACAGACUGAUCGCUGGCAAGAAACGCACCAUCAAGCUGGUCUCAUUUGUGUGGGGGAUGGCAUGGGUGUUCGGCCUUGGUCUUCUCCCAUGCUGGUCUAACUUCAUGGGUUUAUGCACUAUAUGGCCCGACACUGAAGACUUCUCCAGACACCCAGCAGUUUUCGGUACAUGUCUACCAGAAGCAUCUUGGUUGAUCGACUUCCACAAUGGUCUACAGGCGGUUCCCUUCUUCGUCUGCCUCAUCAUCAACGUAACCCUAUACGGCCUUAUCAUUAAAUCCCUCCAUACCCGAAUAGGCGUCGUGGGGACCGGGACUGCGAACGAUCAGACCACGGCACAGAAGAAUAAGAAAGCAGAACGCCAACGCGUUCGGAACCAAGUCACCCGAAUGCUGAUCGUGAACGGGGUGGUGUUCUUCACCCUGAUGGCACCGUUCCAGUGUAGCUCCUUCGCCUUCGUCAUCGUCAACCAAACAUUAAACUACGUCUUGACUGUGGAACAAGUUGACAAACUCCUCGUGGUCAACCGUGUCUUGCUGUACCUCAACCCUGCAGUCAACCCGUACAUUUAUCUCAUGACUAACGCCAGGAUUCGACGUGCCUAUAAACAAGCCUUCACGUUUUGCCGGAAGACUCGUCGAGUGGACUCAACCUCCAUGCUGGACGUGACAACUCUCAAUUCUUGA